AUCCGUGAAUCUUUUUUGAAAACUUAACAAAAGAUUCACUGAAAUUCCUGAAGCCCUGACUGCUAUAUCCUGCGGGCGUAGGUCCAAAAACACUUCAAAAGAACUUGAACCAACAUGGCCGACGUCGAAGAAGAACGCGAGGCCGAAAGAAUACGCCGUAAAUGUCGCACUAUUGAAUUCAGCGUUUGGAAGCUCCGAGUAAGCUUUAAUCCUGUAGUUACCUUCAUCUCAGCAAUUAUCAUUUGGGCUUUUGUUGUAUUUUGUCUGAGAUGGACGGAUUUGGCCGGGGAUUCCAUGCCAAAAGGCAAGCGAUGGGUCACCAAAGUCUGGACGUGGCUUUAUAUCGGAACACAGGACGUCUGGGCUGUGUUCAUAGCUGCGCUGUACUUUUCUAAGUACGGUAAACUGAAACUUGGGAAAGAUAAUGAAAAACCCGAAUACAGCGAUGCGACGUAUUUCACGAUGCUGUUCGCUGCUGGUAUCGGCGUUGGAUUGUUCUACUUUGGUGUCGCUGAACCCAUUUACCAUUAUGAGCCUGGAAGCCAGUGGGGAAACCGCUACCAGGGAAGGUACUCUGACAAUCAGCGUGCUCAAGACGCCAUGAAUUUGACCAUCUUCCACUGGGGGGUCCACGCGUGGAUCGUCUACACCAUGAUCGGACUCAUCUUGGGCUUCCUGUCCCAUCGCAAGAAGAUGCCUAUGACCAUGCGCUCCUGUUUCCAUCCGUUGCUAGGCGACAAGAUCUACGGUACCCUUGGUGACAUGAUUGACAUCUUGUCUGUUGUGUGUACCAUGUUGGGUGUGUGCACCAGUCUGGGACUGGGUGUCAUUCAGAUUAACAACGGGCUGAACCGGAUGAACAAGAAUAUCGAGGAGAGUAAGGAGAACCAGGUGAUUAUCAUUUGGUGCAUCACGGCGGUUGCCACCUUAUCCGUCAUCAGUGGCGUGAAGCUCGGAAUCAGACGACUCAGCGAGCUAUGCUUCUCUAUUGGCAUGUUUAUCUGGUUCGUUGUCCUUUUCUACGAUGACACUUGGUACAUCCUCAACGUGUUCUGCCAAAGUGUUGGGUACUACCUCCAAUGGAUCAUUCAGCUCGGCUUCCACACCGACGCCUUUGCCCAAGCCGGUAAUGCCCCGGAUGGAAAGCAGGCCGUUGAUUGGAUGGACGGCUGGACCAUUUUCUACUGGGGCUGGUGGAUUGCAUGGUCGCCGUUUGUGGGCACGUUUAUUGCCAGGAUCUCCCGUGGAAGGACCAUCCAAGAGUUCAUCAUGUACACGCUGACCGUCCCUACCAUUUACUCGCUAAUGUGGUUCUCCGUGUUUGGAGGAGCGGGGCUUAAGAUGGAGCGAAAUGCCGCCGUUGCCGGGAUCAACUGCUCGUGGCCUCUCGGUGGGGCAACAGCGACAGAGCCAUAUAACGGUCUGUACCGUCUGUCCUGCCGUCCCUCCACCAGCAUGUGGUUUGACGUCGUGGAGUCAUAUGGCGGGCUAGGUCCGUUCAUGUCUGGUAUCUCAUUGGUCAGUCUGGUCCUGUACUUCGUCACCAGUUCCGACAGUGGCUCACUCGUGAUUGACAGUCUCUCAGCCAAUGGCCAUCCAGAUCCACCGGUGCUGCAAAGAAUCUUCUGGGCCUUAACUGAAGGUGCCACUGCUACUGCACUGCUUUGGACGGGUGGCAAAAAGGCCCUCGAUUCUCUCCAAGCCGCGUCCAUUUGUUCUGGCUUGUUCUACACCCUCAUCUUGAACUUCAUCGUGGUGGCCAUGUGGCGACUGCUGAAGAUCGAGAUGGGUGACCUGUCUCCGGACCAUCCGACCUUCUCCAUGGGAAUACUGGAUGUGUUCUACUACCCAACUUGGAGAAGGUUCAAGGAUUUGCUCAUCGCCAUAAUUGCGCCGUGGUGGCCCAUGGGAAAUGCUGCAGGAAGGCUCUACGGUCAGAAUCGUUUCGUCUUCAUGGCCAUCAUCGCCGUCCCGUUCUACGGCUGGUUGAUCUGCGAGAUCCUGCAGGUCCUCGAGGUCGGCCUCGCGUACAUCGGGUGGGCCAUCCUGUUUGGGUUCUUCGCGUACGGCACAGGGAUUCGAUCACACAUGCGCGACGAGUUCAAAAUACUCGGUAACCUGGCGGAAGAUUUCUUCGCCGUCAUGUUGUUGUACCCGCUGGCAGCUAUGCAGAUGGACGAACACAUGCGCCACGCCCACCCGAGAUUAGCAGAGGUGGACAUGGGCAAAGACAACAUUGGAAUGAAUGGCAUACCACCCAAGGAUAUCGAGGCGAACAACAAAAGAGACGGACCUCCUUCGUACAAUGACGUAGAUGUGGGCAUGGAAGCGAGGUUAUAGGCAAAGGCUCUGAUUGGUUGGAGCUCUGAAAGCGUAGUUCUGAUUGGUUCAUUUGAGUAAUGACGUAACAUGGCCCAGUCUUACGUUGUGCACCUAAGCAUAAUUUAUAAUUAUGUUUUUAUUGUUGAUAUAUAUUUAAGUUUUUAUUGUUGAAUAACAACAUAUUUAACCAAUGAUCAAAUUCAUAACUUUUAUAGUUCUUUUAAAGAUAAAAGGUUUACGGAAUCACUUAUGUUAUCAAUACUUUUUACCCCAUUUUUUCUAUAAUUUUAAAGAACAACAAAAGAGACGGACCUCCUUCGUACAAUGACGUAGAUGUGGGCAUGGAAGCGAGGUUUUAGGCAAAGGCUCUGAUUGGUUGGAGCUCUGAAAGCGUAGUUCUGAUUGGUUCAUUUGAGUAAUGACGUAACAUGGCCCAGUCUUACGUUGUGCACCUAAGCAUAAUUUAUAAUUAUGUUUUUAUUGUUGAUAUAUAUUUAAGUUUUUAUUGUUGAAUAACAACAUAUUUAACCAAUGAUCAAAUUCAUAACUUUUAUAGUUCUUUUAAAGAUAAAAGGUUUACGGAAUCACUUAUGUUAUCAAUACUUUUUACCCCAUUUUUUCUAUAAUUUUAAAGAAAACUUUCUACACCAUUGUUAUUGCUGUAGAUAUUUAGUAGUAUUUAAGUUGUAGUAUUUUAGUUUUAAAAUAAAGGCGUAUUUUAGUUUGUUGUA